CCCUCCUCCAAAGAGCGGAGGACACACAAAUGCAGCACCACGACAGCCGACAGGUGGUUGACUGUCAGGUGCAAGACAGGACGUAUGCGAAGACACACGAGAAGACAGCUCUCCCUUCUCUCUUUCGUUCCCCCAGGCCGUCACGAUGUCGUCUGAACGCCCCUCACAGCCCGCCCUCCCGCCCCCUAACGGAGGCGACCGAUCAGCCGACUAUUCCGCCAUGCUGGCGGACUUUCAAGCGAUUCUGGCGCAGCCUGUGGUGGUGCCACCACCAGUGGCAGCACCAGUGGCAGCACCCCCAUUGACACGGCCAGAACCAACAGCAGCAGCAGCAGGUCGGUCUGUCUGUCUGUCUGUCUGUCUGUCUGUAUGUCCAUUUGAAUGCAUCCAUGCGUCUGUGUGUGUUGCAGCUGAUGAGCAUGACGAGCAAGUGGCUGAGGAGGACUUGCCGGCAAUGAGCAUGACUUUCCGCCCUUCCGCUACUGCUGCUGCUGCUGCUGCUGUUGGGCGUGUGAUUGUCCGUGAUGAAGGCGAGGAAGGCCUGGACGAAGACAUAGACACAGACAUCCGCCCCUCUGAAGAUGAGCCGACGAGACCAACACCGCUCAGUCAGAUGCCGACAUCGACAUAUCAAGACGAUAAAAGGAUUGUGGCUCGACCUGUGGAGCCGAACCAGCCACAGAGACAGACCCACAAGCUCCACGAUCUUCGGAGGCCGACAGCGACUUUCGGGGAGCCUCAGGCAGGACAACAACCACCACAGCCAGGUCGGUCUCUCUCUCUCUGUCUCUGUCUCUUUGCCUGAGUUCUGUGUGUCCAUUGCCACACAUCCACCCAUCUUUUGGUCUGCUCUGCAUGCAGCACCCACACCAUCACCAGCACCAGCACGGACCAUCGAGCGUUCCUUCACCCUCUCCCCCACCUCGCCAGACAUCCCCGCACCCCUUGAAGACAAAAAGCCCCCAGCAGUCAAGCCCCGGCAAGAAAAGAGACAAAAGGCGAUAGGGAAGCGGCCCCCGCAGCCACAGCCGCCAGCUCUCUCAGACGCGAGAAGCGAGCCUAUCGCGCACACAGUGGGGCGGACUUCUUUCGUCACGAACGGCGAGCUCGCCAUGAGGGCCGGUGCCCUUGUGCGGCAGAGAGAGCCUGAGGGCGGGUAUACGUGGGAGGGCCAGGCCCGCAGCCUCUGGGUGGAGGCGUUCUCGCCUGAAGAGGCGAGACAGGAGAAGAAGAGACAAGACCUGAGAGAGUUUCCCGUGACCCUUCCGCGCAGCGUCUAUGUGGACAGCAGCGUCCGUGUGCACGGCCUUGUCAGUUGGUCAGCCGCCGCGCCUUUGUCAGAAAGCAAAGGAGGGACAACGCUCACGCUGGCCGGUACCCCGUUUCUGGAGAUCAGCACGUGCAUUUUGCCACCAAAAGGCGUCUCACCAGACGCCAGCGUCGCCCACCGUCCAAACGGGGCGUUCGGGUAUCGCACUCGUGCGGAUUGGGCCAUUACACUCGACCUUCUGGACCACCCCUGUCUGGUGUCUCCCUCCCCACCUGAGCGAUUGAGGCGCGUCAGAGGGCCGGUCGAGAGAGGGGGAGAGGUGGAGCUGUGGCUUGAGCCAGGGAAGGGGGAGAAGGACACCGGUGGGAGGCUGCUGCUGCGGCUGUCUGUGAGGAUACUCCUGGGUGGGAGGAUCGUUGUGCGUGAGGAGGUGUUGGUGCGGCUGGAGGGGGGUGGGGGGGAGGAGUUGGGGUUUGUGCCAAUGGGUGAUGGCCCAGGCAAGCUGGUGGAGUGGGUGUCGUGCUCUCUCGAGAGCCCGGCCGAUCGGCUGCCGGCUGCCCUUCUCCGGCCGAUGCAGGCCUUUCCUUUGGAGCGGCUGUUGAGUGAUGGCUGGCUCGUCAGCGAGCCAAGAGUCACAAAGAAAUACAUAGAGGUGAGGGUCACGUCAGUCACCAUGCAAAUCAGGUUUGUAUAUGCGGAUGAGAUGGCGUCUCUCUCUGUGUGUCUCUGGUGAUCAGCCGGCCUCUCCGAGCGAUGCUGAGACAUCGUCUUCUUUCUACGCCCCUCUCCCCCACGCCCUUGACUACUUCCUUAGAGCCAUGAUUCUCCAUUAUCUCGCCAUCAACGGCCCGCCCCCGCCAUCAAACUGGGCUGGAGGGGAGGAGCAGCAGAGGCGGCUGUUCCUCAAUGAGGCGCAGACCGCCUUCCUAACCUGUCUGGAGAAACUGCGGUCGUCGCGAGAGGUCACCAUGGCUGUUCCGUGUGUUUGGUAUCAUCUGGGAUUGGUCUAUAUCGACCAAGGUGACAGCAGUCGCGCGCAGCAGGCGUAUGAUCGCGCCCUGUGUUCUCUGCUGGAGGUGCGUGGGCUCACCACGGGCGGCAUAGCGAUUACAGUGCACCUCAACCGUGCGUACAUGCGCACGGCGCAUUACCUGAAGGAUGGGCAGAAAGACGACCUGAGACAGGCCUUGAGGGAGUGGGGUGAGUUCACGCGGGCGGUGAGGCAGCGCUCGCGUGAGGGGGGAGGGGAGGUGAUGGGUGUGCUGCGAGGCAGUGGGGGCGUGCUUGAUCGGGAUGAGUGGGUGGCUUACAUGCAUGCUCUCGCUGUGAGUAAGUGAGAGAGGGAAAGUGUCACUGUCAUUUGGCGCUUGGCACUUAUUGUGUGAAUGAUGGAUGGAUG